UUCUUGGCGAGGCCCCCCGCUUGUGACUGGCGGGGCCGCUGAUGAGGAGGAGGCGGCGGAGGAGGCGGCGGCGGCAGGAAGGACUGAGAGGCCCCGGAUAAGCGACGCGGAGGACGGGAGCUGCCUCCGACAGAAUGAAACGAGGCAGAAAAAACAGCAAGACCAGCAAUCAUUUAUCAGAUGAGAAUACAGCAGAUGGCAAAAAAGUGAAAAUUACAGAUGAAGAAUCUGCUGGAGUAUUUCAGGGCCCUGACUGGGGGAGCCUCAUUCCAGAUGUUCUACUGCAAGUGUUCCAGUAUUUGCCUCUUCUUGAUCGAGCUCACGCAUCCCAAGUCUGCCGUGUGUGGAACAAAGUGUUCCACAUGCCUGAAUUAUGGAGAUACUUUGAAUUUGAACUGAAUCAACCAGCUACAUCUUACUUAAAGGCUACUCAUCCAGAACUCAUCAAGCAAAUUAUUAAAAGACAUUCCAAUCAUCUACAAUAUGUCAGCUUCAAGGUGGACAGCAGCAAGGAAUCGGCUGAAGCAGCUUGUGAUAUCUUAUCACAACUUGUGAACUGCUCUUUAAAAACACUUGGACUAAUUUCCACUGCUCGACCAAGCUUCAUGGAUUUGCCAAAGUCACACUUUAUUUCUGCACUGACUGUGGUGUUUGUAAACUCCAAAUCACUUUCUUCACUUAAGAUAAAUGAUACACCAGUAGAUGAUCCAUCUCUUAAGGUCCUAGUGGCUAACAACAGUGAUACUCUGAAACUAUUGAAGAUGAACAGUUGUCCUCAUGUUUCUCCAGCAGGUAUCCUGUGUGUGGCUGAUCAAUGUCAUGGUUUACGUGAGCUGGCAUUGAACUACCACCUGCUAAGCGAUGAGCUCCUCCUUGCUUUGUCUUCUGAAAAACACGUCAGAUUAGAACACUUGCGCAUUGAUGUAGUCAGUGAAAACCCUGGACAGACGCACUUCCACACAAUUGAGAAGAGCAGUUGGGAUGCUUUCAUCAAACAUUCUCCCAAAGUGAACUUAGUCAUGUAUUUUUUCUUAUACGAAGAAGAGUUUGAUCUAUUCUUCCGAUACGAAAUACCAGUCACUCACCUUUAUUUUGGGAGAUCAGUAAGCAAAGAAGUGCUUGGCCGGGUUGGGAUGACGUGUCCUCGCUUGGUUGAACUGGUGGUGUGUGCCAAUGGAUUACGGCCACUGGAUGAAGAGUUGAUUUGCAUUGCAGAGCGCUGUAAGAAUCUGUCAGCUAUUGGCCUUGGGGAGUGUGAAGUCUCCUGCAGUGCCUUUGUGGAGUUUGUUAAGAUGUGUGGUGGUCGCCUGUCUCAGUUGUCUAUAAUGGAGGAAGUCUUGAUUCCUGACCAGAAGUAUAGCUUGGAGCAGAUUCAUUGGGAAGUGUCAAAACAUCUUGGUAGAGUUUGGUUUCCAGACAUGAUGCCCACAUGGUAGUCUCUGAAGAAGGCAGGGCACAUGAAAAUGCACCUUACAUUUUGAGCAUACCAUGUUGCAGCUUAAUCAUAUAAGCUAAUUUGUAGUUUUUAAUGUGUUCUAGAAAACUCAUGUACUACUUAAUGUUGGUUUCUAAAAUGAACAUUUAAGAGGGGAGACUGAAGGUGUUCUGACACACUUGUCCAUUAAAAAAAAACAUUUAGUUUUCUUUCCCCCUUUUGAGACAGCGUCUACCUAAAUGUAUGUAGAAACUGAAUAUAGUUAACUGAUAUUCAGAUGCUGUAGCUCAGACUUUACUCUGAUAAAUGUCCAUAUUUAAACUAACUUUAGGAACUGCAAUUGACCUUACAGACUGAAGUACAAUUUGUAAAGGGUGGAAGAUCACUUUUCUUGUAGACUCGUGGAGUUACUGACGCUACCUAGGCCGUGUUAUACUCAGCUAUUUAUCCCAUGGAAUUGCAGGUUAAGGUUACAUACAAUAGGAUGUAAGGUACGACAUGUGAAGACACAGCAGUACAGCUACAUAGUUGAAUUGUAUAUAGAAAAUGCUUAUUAAAUCACUUUAGAAAAAAAUUGUGUGUAAAAAUUACUAGUAAUGAGUUUUUCAAAAGCUUAUUUGUUGCACUUUUGAGACCUAAAUUUGACGUUUAUAGGGUGUUAAAAUCUGUACAUAAACCUGUUCUAAAGCUCAGGAAGCUAAAGUAUUAUAGGAGGAGUAUACUGUAUAUUGAUUAUUGAUUAUGACUCAAGAUUGGUCCAGUGUGUCCCCCCACAAAAAAACUGUUCUACAGCAUUCACUUUUAGGAAUUAUGCUGUUCGUAUUUCCUCAAUAAUAAACAAAGCCAGAUGUUUGUACAAAAUAGUUAAAUGGAAUAAAUGGUUUUUAGUGUAAA